AGUUCUCUGCUUGAAGAUGGCGGACUUGACGAUGGUGUCCACUCCGCUAGCUCAGCGACGGGGACAGCGCAGGAAGGACAGCAAUGGGCCGCGGCAGAUAUUUACGCCCAAACAAAUCCAACCACCGCUCAGCCGGUGGAUAAUCGAUAGCUGCGGCGUGGUUUAAUGCGGACACACGUCGUGUCCGUCCGGAGCCCUGAAGCUAAAGCUAAAGCGGUGGAGUUGAGCUAACUUAGGGAAGUUUUCCGGUGGAGUGCGGGGUGGUGGUGGUGGUGGUGGUGGUGGUGGAGGAGGGGGAGGUUAAAAGGGCCUGAACAUGGAGGACUCCGGGUCGGCGCUGGAGAAGAACGUCGCCGACCUCACGGUCAUGGACGUGUACGACAUCGCCGCGGCGGUGGGCCAGGAGUUCGAGCGGAUCAUCGACCGGCACGGCUGCGAGGCGCCGUCCCGCCUGAUGCCCAAAGUGGUGCGCGUGCUCGAGAUCCUGGAGGUGAUGGUGAGCCGCGGCCGCGGGAGCGCGGAGACCGACGAGCUGCGGCUGGAGCUGGACGCGCUGCGGCUGGAGAGGAUGGAGAGGCUGGAGAAGGAGAAGAAGCACAGGAAGGAGCUGGAGCUGGUGGAGGACGUGUGGAGAGGAGAAGCUCAGGACCUGCUCACUCAGAUCGCUCUGCUGCAGGAGGAGAACAAAGGCCUCCUCACCAACUUCUCCAACAAAGACCCCAUGAGUGAGGAGGACCUGCAGAGGCACGAGGCAGGUAUGACGGAGAGGGAGAGGCAGGUGAUGAAGAAGCUGAAGGAGGUGGUGGACAAGCAGAGGGACGAGAUCCGGGCGAAGGACCGCGAGCUGGCGCUGAAGAACGAGGACGUGGAAGCACUCCAGCAGCAGCAGAGCCGCCUCAUGAAGAUCAACCACGACCUCCGCCAUAAGAUCUCCGUGGUGGAGGCUCAGGGGAAGGCGCUGAUCGGGCAGAAGGUGGAGCUGGAGGCCGGAGCUCAGGCGCGGGGUCAGGAGGUCGGAGCCCUGCGGCAGGAAGUCGCACGCCUGAGGGAGCGGCUUCACGGAGACCUGCCGCCCCAGAACCCCGAGGACUCUCCCCUUCAGCCCCCCUCCCCUGCAGAGCGGGCCGAUGCCGGGUCACACAGGCCACGCCCCUCUGAGCUGAUGGUGGGCGGGUUUGAGUCCGCCUCGCCCCCCCUGCCUGGUUCCCUCAGCCCAGAGGGCCACGAGGAUGAGGAGGAGGAUGAGGAGGAGGAGGAGGAAGAGGCAGUGUUGCUUUGGGAGGCGAUGUGCCAUGACGACAUGCCUGCUGUGUUCCAAUAUUUUACCAAGGAGGCGCUGUGCGAGGAGGAGGCGGGAGGCCUGGACCCCAAGGACCCCAACCGGCCCCGGUUCACCCUGCAGGAGCUGCGGGACGUCCUCCACGAGAGGAACGAGCUCAAGGCCAAAGUGUUCCUGCUGCAGGAGGAGCUGUCCUACUACAAGAGCGAAGAGACGGAGGACGACGCCGUCACUUCGUCCUCGUCUCCUUCCCCCGAGCCGAGGACUCGCCCCCGCUCUUCUGCCCAGCCGGAGUCGGGAAUCAAACGCCUGUUUAGUUUCUUCUCGCGGGACAAGCAGCGGGGCUCGCCGCGCGGCGGGCAGUCGGAGGGCGCCGUGUAUACAGAGGAGGCUCAGGAGGCCCUGCAGCACAUGUAAGGGGGUGGGGGGGGGGGCUACGGGACUCUUUUAGAGCCCCCCCCCCCCCUCCCUAAAGGUAGAGAAACCCACCUGACUGCAACCGGCGCAAAAAGAGAACUUCAUUAGAACAGUGGGGAGUCCUUCAGAGUAACAAACUGGGAGGAGGAGGUGAUGGAGGAGGGGGGGAUGGAGGAGGAUGUGAUGAAGGAGGGGGGGAUGGAGGAGGAGGUGAUGGAGGAGGAUGUGAUGGAGGGGGGGGUGAUGGAGGAGGAUGUGAUGGAGAAGGUGAUGGGGGGGGUGAUGGAGGGACACUGACGCUGUUCAUAGGUUCAUUGUAAGUUUCUCCUCCUUCAAACCACUUCAAAGGUCUCGCUGUAAGAUUUAAAGGAAGAAAGACAUUUUUAUUUAUUUAUCAUCUUGUAAAAAUGUGGAAGCUCACGUCUAACUUCUAGAAACUGAAAAACAAACGCAUACAAACAAAAAGGGUUUGAACGGAUACAAAUAAAAAAAUACUCGUAUAACUAUAUAAUUAUGUCAAAUGUCCUGUUUUCACAAGCAGGAUUUUAAUAAUAAUAAAUAAUCCGAAUACCUUCCUGCAUUUCCCCAUAAAGGCUUUGUUUGUAAUUCUGAAUAUCAAGUUGAUAAUAUUAAGUAAAGUUAUGAUGUUGUUUCAUAUGUUUAAGAAGCUGAGAUAUCUGUGAGAUAAUGUCAGUAAACUAAUAACAUUUAGAUUUUUAGGAAUAAUCCUAUUUAGCAACAUGUCAUAUUUCUGGCUUAGUAACUCAUGUUUAAAAAUAUAUAUUUACUAGGUUUUAACUAGAUUUCUUUGAAUUGAUUUUUAAUAAUGCAGCUGAUAAUUACGCGUCAUGAGUCGUUUAAGGCCUUUUCUGUGGUUGAAAUGGGCUUCAAUGAGUAAAUGUGAGCAAUAGAAGCUGUGUGAGAAUCACUGUGUUAAAAAACAAAAGCACAUCACACCAUCCCGGCUCCUCUGAAGGCAGCUUGUAGUUUGUGAAGCUGCUUUAAUCCCUUCACGACGUUCUUCUGUCCAGGAUGAAACCGGGACAUUAAAGUAAAUGUGAUUGCAAAGUAUAGUUUAUUACAUAAUAUAUAUAUUAUAUUUCAAGAGGGAGGUUGAUCAAACCUUGCUAAAAAUAAAGCCAGUUUUCUGAAUGUUCAGUUUUCUCUGACGGCUACUUUUGAAUCUGAGAGGAUGGAGGAACACGACCUGGAGAUGUGUUUAAUGGCCCUUUUAUCUUUGAUAUCAUUGUGUAUUUAUGUAUAUUUAAAGUCACUGUGAGAUGAGAUCAGGAGGUCAAAAGGGAUCUGGACAUUUUAAACAUGAAGAAGUUAAAAAGGGAAACUGGUCAAAAUGAAACUCGUCUCUUCCCAAUUGGAAUCCAAAUGUUUAUUUAAGGGCUUUCUCUUCUAAGUCUGUUUUCUGUUUGAGGAUUCUCAGCUGAACUUAAAUACAAAUACUUGUGUUUA